UAUUUGAAUGAAGGGGGAAAGCGGAAUUGAAAAGCAUUCAUCGUAUCUUCUACUGAUCUAAAUAGAGAAUUUGAGAGAAUCUCAGUAUGGUUCCUUUAAUGUUAACGAUGAAUGUGUAAUUUGAAGCUACACAGAUAACACUUAAAACUAAUUAUCUAUAGAAUUCUUACAACCUUGUCAUCUCCAUUGCCGUAGAUCUCUAACCCGAGAAGGCAAGAAAAGUCGGCCACUUCCUCUUAAAACAUUACUUAUCAAAAAAAAAACUUCCUCUUAAAACAUAUAAUUUUCUUGUUUAAAGAACUUUUUUUUUCUUGUUUAAUUAACUUGAUUAUAAAUUGAAAAUAAAAAACUAUCUUUACAGGCCAAUAACUUUCAUCGGACUUGUUAGUAAGUUGGUAUUUAGUACCAAUAAUAGUUCGACAUAGGUCCUCGCAACUCUCCUGUCUCUUUUCACCGGCAAACCUCCCAUCCUUAAAGGCUUAAAGCUCCAACCAUCGUCGCGUUGGGUCAUUCAGAGAGAGAGAGAGAGAGUGCAAAGAGAUGUGCACGUUGGAAAAAAGAGGCAAAAUCUUCAUCCUAACGCUAACGGGCGCAGGCGAACACCGCCUAAAUCCCAUGCUUCUUGAUGAGGUCCAAUCAGCUCUACGCCGAGUCCGAGACGAGUCCAUCUCCUCCCCAUCUUCGGCUUUAAUCACCACCGCCCAAGGCAAGUUCUUCUCCAAUGGCUACGAUCUUGAUUGGGCCGGGUCCUCCCCAUCUCGCUACCAACUCAUGGUCUCGAAACUCGAGUCACUUGUAGCCGAUCUCAUCUCUCUCCCCAUGCCCACCAUCGCAGCCGUCUCUGGCCACGCCUCAGCCGCCGGCUUCAUCCUCGCUCUGAGCCACGACUACAUCCUCAUGCGGAAAGACCGAGGCUUCCUUUACAUGAGCGAGCUCGACAUUAAUCGGGUAAUUCCCGCUUGGUUCGUGGCUCUGAUUGAGUGCAAGAUCGGCUCACCGAUGACUCGGCGCCACUUGGUUUUAACAGCGGCUAAGGUGACAGCUAAGGAAGCCGUGGAGAAGGGGAUUAUCGACUCGGCACACGAUAGCGCGGAGGAGACGGUCAAGGCUGCGUUAAGGUUUGGGGAGGAGUUGGUUGGAACGGAAUGGAAUAGACACGUGUACGCUCAGAUUCGCAUGAAUCUGUUGUCUGGGGUCUUGGAUGAGAUCGCUAAGAGAAGAAGCAGUCGAUCGCGAAUGUAGGCCCCAUAUUGCUGAUUCUCGGUUACAUAUGGUGCAAGUUCCUUUUUUUUUUUUACCUAUGAAAAAAAAAAUCUGCUGCCCAAAAAUGAAAAUGUUAUCUUCAUAUUCUCGGUUA